AUGGAUUGGAAGCGCGAGACAGUAAACUAUCAGUUCCAGCAAGAACCGCAGGCCAUGCCGUGGAAUCACCACCCAUUUCCUGCACACCGACCUCCAUCCUUUAUCCCACCUCCGCUGUUCGGCCAGUAUACGCCGUUUGGUCCACCAGCACCCUCUAUCCCGCCUCCGCGGUUCGGCCAAUAUCCGUCGUUCGGUGAACCUCCGCCAUCUCGGUGCGCACCAGGUAAUAGUAGCAGCGGCGCUCCAGCAUUGGGCGGCGGCUAUGACACAUCAAUGAGCGCUGAAUAUGCACCAGCUCCCUAUUCUACAUAUCUACCUCCUCUGCUUCCAACACACAGUUAUUAUGGCAGCAGCAAUGGCACAGUUUCCGAUGGUGGCAAUCACUAUCAACGUCCAACGCCAGAGCGUGCCUAUCAUCAACAGCAGCCGCAUUACAAUUGGCGCCACUACAAUUGGGACCAGUACAAUUGGCAGCGGUACAAUUGGCACCAGUACAGAGAACCUUCUUCCCAGCAACAUUACGAUGAGCGCCAGCAAUCUCAGAUCUCUGCAGGCCCGCGUGUGCUUGUUCCAGGAGACUUUAUGUCGUCUUUCCCACUGAAAUCGCUCCCGAGGGCGCCAUUAAAGUCGAGGUGGGAAGAACGAGGGUUCGAGGAGCAUUCUGGACCAGGCGGUCUUGUGCCAGUUGCAGGACUCAUUGGAGGCGUCUCAGCGACGGUCCGCCCGACUGAGGAGAAUCGUUCACGUUCAAAUCCGGUGAUGGGUCCUAGUGAUCUGGAUGGACACCGCAGAGAGGACGCUGGGCACUUUACCGCAGAGCACGAUGAGAUGGUCGUCAAGAAUAUCGACAAUGACGGAUCUGGCGAAGUUGAGGAGGUUAGUGCAAGAGCGGUUCGGGGUCGUGCAGAAGCACCACGGACGUUGCGUAGUACUAGCAGCGAGGCGAGCACAAGAGUUGGGAAUCCCUACUCCUACCUCGAGCAGGAGAUCAUGGAGAGGGGUUUCGAGGCUGGUCACACCCUCAAUCGGAUUCUAUUACUGUUGCCAGAGCCCUACAUAAAGAGUCUGAAAGCCCAGCACUUGUUCUGGCGCCGGACAAAAGCAACCCCUUCGCGAGCCCGUGCGGCUAUGGAAGACAUGAUGCGAAUCAUGCGAUGGGACGCAGAGCACGUUGCUUAUGGCGGAUUUGACAAYGGAUUGACAAUCGAGGAGGUUCAUCGAAUCUUGCCAGAAGAAUCGUUGCGUUGGGCAUCUGAAAGGUUUGCUGAGUGGAGCAAUGCUGACAAGGAGCGGUCUUCGAAGAGAAAGAGGGCGUGCAGUGGAGACGAAGCCGUCGAUGAGGAUAAAGAUGUCACGUGGAUGAUGAUAAAGAUGCCACGUCGAUGA